GUUGAACAAGAAUCACCGUGCCGCUCAGGUCGCAGAUUAUCCGGCUUACGGCGUCACAGGCCCCAAUAAGGACCUCUCCCCUACCAGCGGAGACCGGAAGCUCGCUCAGUCCGCUCACAUGUACCAUUAUCAACACCAAAAGCAGCAGAUGAUUGCCCUUGAAAAGUCAUCCGGUGGAGAGCGCCAUGGAUCGACCUCUGACGUGGACUCCGAGGAGGAAGGGGAGGAGAACGAGUACACUGUGUACGAGUGCCCCGGCCUUGCCCCGACUGGUGAGAUGGAGGUGAAGAACCCACUGUUCCCCGACGACCCAACACCGGCAACACCUUCGAUGAGAAAGGAGGCUGACGACGAAGAGGAAGAAGAAGAAGAACAGAAAGCAAAAUGAAGAGGAACCACUAACGACGGAUAGUGUCACCCUACAAAGAACAAGCUACCACUGUAUCCAAAUAUGGGGAACUUUGAAAUAAUAGUGUAGGCCAAAUCGUUCAUGAAUAACUAUGUACUUCAGCUUCGGAAUAAGCUUCUAUAUAUACUAUUUACUGUCAUUUAACAGAAACUGCUUAGCUAUGUGAAAUUCCCUUUUCUCCAGGUUAUGGAGUCGCACUUACUUCUUGAGUGUGCGA